UAUUGUUUUCUAGAUGAGUGCCUUCAAACCCCAGAUGAGCGGCGACGUGAGAAUCGGACAUUCUCUGAAUAAACAUGAGGAAGACUUUGUAAACAGAAGAUUAAAAACUGUUCAACAAAGUCUGAAAAAGCUUGGGAUAGACUGCACGCUGGACAAUGUGCCAAAAAUCGCACUACUGGGUUCUGGAGGAGGAGAACGAGCCAUGCUGGGUUUACUGGGAUGUCUGGAUAAACUUGAAAAAAUAGGUCUACUGGACUGCAUCCUUUAUCUGAGUGGAGUCUCUGGAUCAACCUGGUGCAUGACGUCUUUAUAUCAGGAGCCAAACUGGUCCACUAAAGUCAACUCAGUGAAGGAGAAGAUCAUACAGACACAUAAAGGUUCUGCUGUAGGCUGGGGUGAUGCAAUUUCCAAACUGAAGAAAUAUUAUGAUGAGAAAGGCAUGCUCAGCUUAACUGAUGUUUGGGGAGUGAUAAUGGUCACUUCAUUUGUGAAAGAGAUAGACGAACACAUAAUUUCAGAGCACCAGGUUGGACAUGACAAAGACCCGUUUCCCAUCUAUAAUGUGAUUGACAAGGGAUGCAGACAGCAGAAUAUUGGAGAUCCCUGGUUUGAGAUCAGCCCAUAUGAAGCAGGUUAUUCCAUCAUCGGAGCGUUUGUGGACGUCUCCAAAUUUGGCAGUCAGUUUCAAGGCGGCUGUGUGAUUAAGCAUCUGCCUGAAAUGGACAUGCUUUACCUGCAAUCUCUGUGUGGCAGUUGUAUUGCUGAUGGAGAAAUCAACACGCAAUACGUAUGGGAAAAGAUUAAAGGGUUCUUUAAUAGAAGUAAAGAAAAUAUUUUUGAGGUGGAUGGAAAGUUGGAAGAAGAUAGCACGUCUCCAACAACAGAAGUCGUCCAACAACUGUUCUUGGAUCUGGUGGAAAUGAAUCUCGCUGCGUUGAAAGGUGAAGACACUUCUCCUUAUGAAGAAGCCAUCAAAGCAAAGCUAUCAGAACUUCAGCUGGAAUUAGAUGAAAUAGAUGAAACAGACGGUUUAUUGGACUCAGUUAAGAGGCUCACCACGGCUGUAUCUGAGAGUUUGAAGUCCACAUAUCAGUCAGCGAAAGUUUAUGGGAACGUUAUUAAGUCUGUGACUGAGUGGAACUGGGGCAGAAAGUACAAUUUUCUUUACCAAGUGAAAGAUGAUAGUGUGCCCAUCAUUUUUCGGGACAGUAAACAGAGAGACUAUGAAGAUGCUGGUAUAUUGAACAACUCACCUUACAUCUCAGUGCUGAGACAGGAGAGAGACGUUGACCUCAUCAUUUCCCUGGAUUUCAGUGAAGGAGAUCCUUUUGAGACAGUGAAGAAAGCUGCUGCUAGAUGCAAGAAAGAAAACAUCCCUUUCCCUAAAGUUGAUAUACCAUCUAAUGAGUUCGCAAAGGACUUUUAUGUGUUUGAAGGCCAUGGAGAAGCACCGACCGUGAUCCACAUCCCUCUCUUCAACAUAGUCAACUGCGGAGUUAAUAUUGAGGAGUGGAGAAGAGAAUAUCGCAUACUACAUCUUCCCUACAGUCCUAAAAGGAUUGAUUCUCUCCUGAAUAUUGCUGGCAAAAACAUCACAAACAACAAAGAGAAACUGCUGGAUGAGAUUAUAAAGUGCAUUGGGGUGAAAUCAGCUAAGCAUUAGCAUGAUUACAUUUAAUACUUUGAAUAUACUCUAAAUACUAUACAAAAACGUAAUAAUGAAAAGCGCAGAGUGAACAAACAGUUCUGUUUUCAUUGUCUGAUGCAUUUAAUUGUCAUGAUAUAAUCUGUCAUGAUCAUCAACUGUUUUUAAACAAUCGUUCGAUGUUCUAGUGAGAAAAAAGCUUUUAUCUUCCAAUAGCGAUUAUAGGCCGAUAUAUCGGUGCAUACCUAAUUAAAAAGUUACCCUUCAGGUCUGUUUGAUAUAUUAAAAAUUAUUUUGCUUCUGCUGAAAUCAAUUAAUAAAUUGUUUUAUAAAAUAGCAAACAAAAAAGUUAUUUUAUUAAAUUACUUUAAUAAGUUUAUGUGGACUGCA